AAGAAGGGAGGGUUGUGGGGUAGAAGAAGACAAGGGAAACGGCUCUCUUUCUCUUCCACUUUGUUAAGCAAAGGGAUUGAGAGAGAAACAGCACACUGCAUCUUAAAUCUUUACACCUGCCAUCCAUUUACAGAGAGGACCGUUUUGUUCCGAUUUCAGAUUCUUUUAUUCUUUGAUUCUUCUUCAUCUUUUCUCCUUCCUCUGCUUGUGCUUCUACGGCUUUUGGGUGGUUGUUGCCGUUUUCCUCUGGAGAUCAGAUUCUUCGGGAAUCAAAGACCUUUCCGGGCUGUAGAUUCGACUUCUGAUUCCCGGGUUCAGUUAAAGUUUUGAUUUUGAGUUUGUUUUCGCCGGAUCUGCUGUUGGAGGGACCUGAAUCGGAUAGACAUUGGCCAGUUCGAGAGAGCGAGAGAGAGAAAUGUGGUGGAUGAUGAAUGAAGGAGGUGGUCACUACUGCUCCAAGAAGACCGAUGCUAUCUGCGGCGAUCUCUGUGGACAGGACUCUGACCGAGCUUUCAGUAUGUCGAGAAUUCGUUGUAUGCUUCGUGGCUUAGACCUGAAGACCCUCCUCCUCCUCAUAGCCCUCAUUCCGACCUGCAUCUUUGGAAUCUAUGUCCAUGGGCAGAAGAUCACCUACUUCCUCCGGCCACUCUGGGAGUCUCCUCCCAAACCGUUCCAUGAGAUCCCUCACUACUACCACGAGAAUGUGUCCAUGGCGAACCUCUGCAAGCUCCACGGCUGGGGAAUACGAGAAUAUCCCCGUCGAGUCUAUGAUGCAGUCUUGUUCAGCAACGAGCUGGACAUCCUCGCCAUAAGGUGGAAGGAGCUCUACCCUUAUGUCACACAAUUUGUCCUUCUCGAGUCGAACUCGACCUUCACUGGAUUACCGAAGCCCCUGUUCUUUUCCAAAAACCGGGACAAAUUCAAGUUCGUGGAGCCCCGACUGACUUAUGGGACCAUUCCGGGUAGAUUCAAGAGCAAGGAGAACCCUUUCAUUGAGGAAGCUUAUCAGAGAGUCGCCCUCGACCAUCUUCUGAAGAUUGCUGGAAUCACCGAUGAUGACCUACUGAUAAUGUCGGACGUUGAUGAGAUCCCGAGCAGGCACACGAUCAAUCUCCUAAGAUGGUGCGACGACAUCCCUCCAGUCCUCCACCUCCAGCUCAAGAAUUAUCUUUAUUCCUUCGAGUUCCUUGUGGACAAUAACAGCUGGAGAGCCUCUGUCCAUAGAUACGUGACAGGGAAAACUCAAUACGCACAUUAUCGUCAGACUGACGACAUCUUGGCAGAUGCGGGGUGGCACUGCAGCUUCUGCUUCCGGUACAUCAAAGAGUUCAUAUUUAAGAUGAAGGCCUAUAGCCACUUCGAUAGGGUGAGGUUCUCUCACUACUUGAAUGAGGAUAGAGUCCAGAGAGUGAUCUGCAAAGGAGUGGACCUUUUCGAUAUGCUCCCUGAGGAGUACACGUUCAAGGAGAUCAUUGGGAAGAUGGGGCCCAUCCCGCAUUCCUUCUCGGCCGUCCAUCUCCCCUCGUACCUCCUAGAGAACGCUGAGAACUACAAGUUUCUAUUGCCGGGGAACUGCAUGAGAGACAAAACAAGUGGCUGAUUCUUCUUCCGCAGACUUGGAUUUGUUAUCCAUUCAUUGUAAAGAUUCAGGUAGAGGCUGCUCUGGUGACUCCUCAUGAAGGGUUGAUAGCUUACAGAUGAUGCGAUGAUGAUUGUGGCAAGUCACAGAUUGAUGCAGCUGCUGCUCCUCCGGAUAAUUAAUUGAGCGAUCUCAUUCUUUUUCGUGACAUUUUGGAGGCAUUCAUUGAGGAUUGUAGGUGAGGCUCUUGUAUAUAACCCUUUGUUCUGUUUUCGUACUCGGACAUGAAUCAUUCACUGGGAGAGGCAGUUAGCUGUGAUUUUGAAUAGCUAAUUUGUGGUAGUGAUGAUGACUGAUUUUGCGUACCAUUGGCAUGAGAUGUUUCCUUCAUUAUACUAAAGAUUCGAGAUCUAUUCCGGCUCUUUCA